AUGUCCCGCUUCUCGGCAUUCAACUCGUUUGGUGAUCCACAGGAUCAUGCAACGAAUUCUGCAACUUUUAACAGCACCAAGCAAAUGCAACAGGAAAGUUCUGCAAAUCAGCUCAGGAACAGCAGCCCUCUCACCACUGACGAUGCAAACAAUCCGUCUAAACAUGGGCCUUCCACUUUGCAUUCUGGCUUUUCGGCAACAUCAAUCUCUCCUACUGGGCAGCACGACAACGCUGGUGCACAUUCACUCAAUGGAUCACCUGAUCUGCCGUUUGACACCGAUUCUCCUCUUACAGAGCUGGCAAACACAGUUGGAUCCGACGCCAAUAGCCCGAAUCCCCAAGUUAUCAAUCCCAUCAGUCAAGCUAUCUCAAAUAUUGGACCCCUGCCUGCCACUUCAAAUUCUGCUGGCAACUUACCGACAACGCCCACGAGCUUUGACUCUCUACACCAAGCGUCAAGCGCCACCUCAACAGGUCCAACAGGACAUGCUGAUCACUCGGCGCCGGCCCCAAUCAACAAUGACAUCAGCUCCCUCUUCUCAUCACUCCCAACAACCCCGACCAGCUCACAGCCAGGAAAACCCUCGCGAAAAGGGAAGCCGGCCUCAGAUCUCACAUCAGGCUUGCAAGCUUUACCAAUAGAUCCACUGGCAAGGCUAGAAUCUUCGGACACAGGAAGCUAUCAAAAAGGACAAAGUCGAACAAAAACCAAUAACUCUCAAUUGCAACCCAAUCACAAUAGCCUAACUGGCGCAGAUGGUGAUCAGAUAAACCAAAAUACUUCAGCUUUUGGACCCUUACUAGACACUUCAAAUGCGGAUGACAAAACGCACACGGUACUCGAUGACUUUGCGCCUUCCCCGAAGUCUUCGAAGGCUGCCUCGGGAAACCCAACAAGACAUGCCGAUCAGUCAACGCAUGUCCCAAGCACUCAGUCGGCCCGGAUCACACAAGGAGCUGAAAUAUCCUCAAACAUCAACGGCACAAGUUCCGUGUCAUCUUCGUUCCCAGCCAGCCUUGCCAGCUCACAGCAGCAAAAGGCCUCAGCGAAAGGGAAAUCCGCCGCAGAUGACAUGUCAGAGCUCCACGAUUUGCCGGCUGAUUUCCCGGGAAGCUUUGACUCGUCUGUCACAAGUAGCUAUGGAAAUGAUCGGACUCCCCAACCAAUCGACAACUCUCGAUCGCAAGUGACCCCCCAGACUGAAAUAACACGGGAAGAGUCCACCCAACUGAAUGCCACUGCACAUGGACAAUCCACAGUCAAUGAAAAGGCAGAGUGGCAAGGCUUGCCGGGUGAUCUACCUGGAAGCGCUUCUGUCAUAGAUAACAACGGAGACGAUCGAAGGCCCAAAAACGUUGAUAACUCUCGAUGGAAAACUACCCCCCAGACUACAACCACGCGGGAAGAGUACAGCAGCCAACAACAAGAAACGGCAAACCAACAGACAAACGAGACCUCUACCUCAUAUCCUGUGGUGACAUCUGCAAGCAGCACAGCUAGCAGGAAGUCUGGCGUGAAAACGCCGAAAGAUCAAGCUUCUCAAGUAUCUUCUUCAGACGGGCGGUCCGGAGACGGCCUCGGUUCCCUCUUCCCGGGGAUAAUUCCAACUCUCAAUAGCACUUUGUCCGACCUGACCGCUCCAGUCGACCACGUUUCUCCCUCCGAGCCAUUUUCCAGCAGCGCAGCUAGCAGGAAGCCCCCCGCGGGGACGCCAAAAGAUCGGACUUCCCAAGUAUCGUCUUCAGACGGACAGUCCGGAGACAGCCUCGGUUCCCUCUUCCCGGGAAUAAUUCCAACUCUCAAUAGUUCUUUGUCCGACCUGACCGCUCCAGUCGACCACGUUUCUCCCUCCGAGCCAUUUUCCAGCAGCGCAGCUAGCAGGAAGCCUCCCGCGAAAGACCAAACCUCCCAAGUAUCUACUCCAGACGGCCUCAAUUCGCCCCUCCGGGAAAUAAUCCCAACUCUGAAUAGUACUCUAUCCAACUUGACCUCUCUAGUCGACCUCCCUCCUCCCUGCCGAGUUGCGCAUAACUCGAAAGGACCAAAUACUCAAACGUUCCCUCAGAUUGGCUGCCGCAAUUCAACGGAGCUGUACGCGCUCAACCAGACAGGGCUUGGCAACCUUAAAAGCCCGGCUGCUCUGCAGCAGAGCGCCCAGCACUCAUCGGGGUAUUCCACCAAAGCCGACCUCAAUAAUGUUGCACCUCUCCCAAUCAAUGGCAACACUGGGAAGAAUUAUUACAACACUGCGGCGAAUUCUAAGCCACCGGUGAAUAAUCAAGCCUUGUCUUCAGAUACCGCAAUGGGGUUGAAUUCGUCAAAUCUUGCGCUGGGAGGGCUAGCCAGCCCAAAGACUAAGUCCUUGGACAAAGAACCGCCCGCUAGACUAUCGGCUCUUCCCUCGGGUGGUCCAUCGAUGCCAAAUAACUCGAGCUCCUCGGAUGCGUUGCUUCAAGCGAGCAUGAGUUCCAGCUCUUCGACGGACACUCGAACAAAGGAAACCCAAGACUCGACCCGCACGGUUUCGGACUCACGGGAGCCGUUCUUGAACUCGGAGACGAAAACAACGGCAACCAACGAGCAGGAGUCGAGUGCCAAGCACCAGACAUCUAAUGAAUGGCGGAUCGCCGUCCAGAACUCUUCCUCGGGCUUCUCGGGCCAACAACUGAGCAAGACGCCCGCCCGCACCGUGGGCCAGCCGUUGCAGGAUUCCAAGAGGAUCGCGACCUAUAACAGCACCCAGUCCUUCAACCUUACCCGAUCGCACGCGACUUCUGAACAGGUGGACAGCUCCCAGCCCGGCAAGAGCGUGCGCACCUCAACAGCCAGCCAAUCCAACAUUCGCAGCUCGGCGCACAGCCAAAGCUCGAGCACGGAGAGCAGCUCGGGCAGCCCUGUGAGGAAGGAGGAUGAGCGGAAAUCAGCUGCUGCGGAAAAGAGCCCGGCGAGCUCGUCGUGGAUCGGCCAGACGCUCUUACCAAGCAGCUCGCCGAGCAAGGAGCAAGGAUACCAAGUGAGCACGGGCGGGAAGAUCACGGUGAUUUCGGUCGGCUUGGGCUUCUCGAUCGGCGUGCUGAUCCUAGCCCUCGUGGGCGGCGUGAUGAAGCGGAGGAUGCUGCGGAAGCACCGCCAGACAGCCCUGCAGAUCUCGCGGCCGAAGAGCCAGCUCGGGGGCGAGGAUCAGCCCGGCUCGUCGGGCUUCUCCUCCCCUCGGACAAGCAACAUCGACGAGGGUCUCCACCCUUCUUAUCCGUCCCUCGACCCCGAGUACCAGAUCCCGCUCGACGAGGAGGCGCGCAUCGAGCCGCAGAGAUCGGGCAGCUAUCAGAUCCACUCGGCUGGCCUUCGCGACAGAUACGACAGCUAUGCCAGCAGCUUCGGAAACUUUGCGCCCCCGAGACCAGAUCGGAGCCAUCUGCCCCAUUACUCCGGCCAAUUUGCAAGCUACCCGCAAGAAUAUCUCGCACCGGGGCCUCCUGGGCGGAGGUCGGAUGGGACGAGCGUGAUCCCGAUCACCUUCAACCAGCCGCACUUCGGCGGCGCGUAUGAGCCGAGACUGGGCCCGUUGGAUUUCGAGGAGGAGGGGGGCUAUGGCCCGGCCGAGGAUCUCCCGCACUCCGGGACCCAAUGGAUCCCCCGGCCGCACGACGAGCCCGAGGAUGACUGUGGGACCGAAGUGGCGACUCGAUUCACUAGUGAUGGCGAAACUAUGAUCGAGGACGGCGCGGAUGUGCCUCCUGUUCCUCCCCUCACUUGGGAUCGGCUGGCUCCCGUCAACAACACUCAAUAG